UUACCAUUUCUACCCAACUAUAGCAACCCAAUAAAUUCUGGGCUGAAGUCCAGCCUAGGACCCAACAAAAUAAGCCUAUUCCAGUGGGCCGAAAUCAGAGUGCCAACGCCUCCACACCGCCGUCUUUUAUUUUCACUCUCGCCGUCCCUCUCGCGCUGAGAUCCAGCGAUCCGGUCUCCCUCGCUCCCUCUACUCCUCAUUGUUACCCCUAGAGCGGUAACCCAUGGCGGCCGCCGCCUCCUGCUCCACCACCAUUGCCGCCGCCAGCCAAAGAAACCCUCUUCUGUUCUCCCCCAAAACCCUAAAUCCCCGAAACCCAUCUAUCAUCCUCCUCGAAUCCAAUCAAACCGUCGCCCGCAUCUCCAUGACCUCCCAAUCUUCCAUGAAAAGAGCCUCGUUUCCUCGAAUCAGAGCAGCUGCCGCCUCCUUGGAUCCCGACCCCGCCCCCCUCUCCCCCGAACCGCGGAUCCUCAAGUCCCGCCUCGCCGCCGGCGAGACCCUCUACGGCCUUUUCCUCCUGAGCUCCUCCCCGACCCUCGCCGAGCUCGCCGGCCUCGCCGGCUACGACUACGUGGUCGUUGACAUGGAGCACGGCUCCGGCGGCAUCGCGGAGGCCCUCCCGUGCCUCCGCGCCCUCGCCGCCGCCCGCACCCCGGCCAUCCUCCGCCUUCCGGAGCUCUCCGCCGCCUGGGCCAAGAAGGCCCUCGAUCUCGGCCCCCAGGGCCUCAUGUUCCCCAUGAUCGAGUCCCCCGGCGCCGCCGAGCUCGCCGUCUCAUUCUGCCGUUUCCCGCCGCGCGGCGUCCGCGGGUCCGCCCACACAGUGGUGCGCGCCUCCGCCUACGGCAUCGACGACGGCUACCUGGCGCGGGUGGACGAGGAGCUGCUGGUGAUGUGCCAGGUGGAGACGGCGGCGGGGCUGGCGGAGAUCGAGGCGAUCGCCGGCGUCGAGGGGGUCGACGUGGUGCAGAUGGAGCCACUGGAUCUGAGCGCGAGCAUGGGGUAUCUGUGGGAUCCUAGGAACCGGAAGGUGAGGGAUGCGAUGAAGGAGGCGGAGAGGAAGGUGCUGGGGAUGAGGAACAAGCUGUCGGCGGCGGAGGGCGGCGGCGCUGGCGAGAAGGGGCCGUAUUUGGGGGGGCUUGCGAUGCCGCACGAUCGGGCGGAGAAUAUGAAGAUGAGAGGAUAUCAUAUGGUAACGGGGGCAGUGGAUGUGGGGAUUUUCCGGCAGGCGGCGGUGGAGGACGUGCGGCGGUGGAGGAGCGCGGAGGUGGACAUCGGGGAGGAUGACGACGAGGACGAGAAGACGAAGGACGAGGAGUACUGGAGCGAGUGAAGUGAGUUCAUUUUACUAUUAAAAAAAAAAAAAGAGGAGUGAAGUGAGUUGCAAGCUUUUUUAGGUUCUUGUUUCUUAAAGUUUAGGCCGGAGGAAAUGGGAUAUAAUAAGAGGUUAUUUAUAAUAAAAAUGAAAAUGUUUGUUCAUGAGCCCUUGUGCGUCUGUUUGCAUUACAACAACCAGAACUUUUUUGGAGAAGAAAAUAGAAUUUUCCAUCAAAAUAAACUUCUGGA